UCCCGCCGUCCCGGGCCAGCAGCCCGCGAUGGAGCGUGCCUUCACCCCGCUGGAGCCCCUGCUGCCCACCGGGACUUUGAAGUACUGCCUUGUGGUUCUGAACCAGCCUUUGAACACAUGUUUCCGUCAUCUUUGGAAGAAAGCUGUUUUAAGAGCCUGUGCUGACGGAGGUGCCAACCGCCUGUAUGAUGCCACAGACGGAGAAAGAGAGAGCUUUUUGCCUGAAUUCAUCAGUGGAGACUUUGAUUCCAUUAGGCCUGAAGUUAGAGACUACUAUACAGUUCAGGGAUGUGAGCUUAUUUCAACCCCUGAUCAGGAUCACACUGACUUUACCAAAUGCCUUCAAGUGCUCCAGAAGAAGAUAGAAGAAAAAACCCUCCCGGUCGAUGUGAUUGUGACCCUGGGUGGACUGGCUGGACGUUUUGACCAGAUCAUGGCCUCUGUGAACACCCUGUUCCAAGCGACCACCAUCACCCCUUUGCCAAUCAUAAUGAUCCAAGAGGAAUCUCUCAUCUACCUGCUCCAGCCAGGAAAGCACAAAUUGCGUGUGGACACUGGCCUGGAGGGCUCCUGGUGUGGCCUCAUUCCUGUGGGACAGCCGUGCAACCAUGUCACGACAACGGGCCUCAAGUGGAACCUCACAAACCACAUGCUUGGUUUUGGGACCCUGGUCAGCACUUCGAAUACCUAUGACGGAUCUGGCGUUGUGACCGUGGAAACGGACCGCCCGCUCCUCUGGACCAUGGCCAUCAAACACUGACCCCAGCCCGACGGCCUUCUGCCUAUGCCAGAGACUUACCUCAUUUGCAAAUGGCUUGCCGCUCUACAAAAACACUUCGCCUUGGGGUUCAGAAAGCCCAGCCACCCUGUGGAAGCCCCGUAGUUUUCAGUUUACAUUUAGAUGAUCCAGGUAACUCUAGAAAGGACACACCUUCACUUUCCGAGUGGAAAGGGUAGGAUGGUGAUCGAUGUUUGCCAAGUGAGGAGGCUGUAUUACCUCCAGUUGGAAAAUCUCAGGGGGCGUCUUUCUGCUGUGAAAGUCAGUACUGAUUAUCCUUCCACUGUUAAUCAUUCCACAUAUCCUGGGGAAUUAUUUUAAUUCUGAGCCCAGAAAGCUCUGCUGAGAUGCACUGCUAUCCCCCAUCCAAUGUUCCCACCCGUCCUUAAAUGCUUGACACCAAGGCCCACUGCUGGGUGACUGUGAUUUUCUUCUUCCCUCUGAGGUCGAAAAAAGAAGUCCAUCUAGAUUGGGAUGCUACAAUCGCAACAUUUCACCCAGGCCUUACCGCUGCAUUUAAAUGUGCUUCUCCCUCUUAAAAAAAAUAAGAACAAUUGAGCUAAUCAUUACAUUGGGAAAUAAGGUAGCCUAACAUGCAAGAGAACGAACGGGAGAUGGGAUGGGGGAUUAGUGACAGCAUGAGGCCUUAGUGAAUCCACGGGUACAAUCACGUUCCUCACCCGCACACGCUAGGCAGAAAGUGUGGUGCGGAGGAAACCAAAAUUUCCAAAUUCAUUUCAGCCCGACAUCUGUCAAACCGAAUCCACUUCUGAUGGUUCACAGAUUAUAAGUUAAUGCAGAUGGUCAGAACAUGAGUUUGACAGUCUCAGGAGGGUCAGUGGGUUGAGGGAGUUUCAAAGCUCAGGUCCCCGUCCCAGGCCAGCCAUUCACCUGAGUUCCUGAACCCCUUUCUUUGGGUGGGAAAAUGCCCUGGCUUAAUGGGGCGUAAUGCCCUACCCACGGGGCCAUCUGGACACUUAGCUACUGACCCAGCGGGUUUGGCCACCUGGACACAGAGUGUUCACGUUGCUGUUCUCGCGAGACUCUCUUGACUAUCCUACCCGUCUCUACCCAAUUACCAACCCAAUGUUGCCAUAUAGCCCACGGGGGAGAGGACCCUCCCCAGCGUGCUGCUAAGCAGAUGAUGCCACGGAGCUCUGAGGAGAGGGACCAGCAGCUUUUUCUUUCCCUCCUGGUGCUCUAAGGUGCUGCGUCGGACUGUCGUGUGAAUGGAAACCAAAGCGGGAUCAGUGGAA